AUGGAAAGCGCGGCCAAGCGCAAAGCUGCCAGCGCAGCAAUGGGUGACGGAGACGGUCGCCCUGCGAAGCGCCAGAAAGUGCCGGUACGUGCAGCCCCCCAAGGUGUUGAGAGCAUUGUCGGUGGUGGUCCACGAGGUGCGAGUAGUGUCGGUCGCGAUGCGGGCUGGCUGCUAGAUGGAACGCGACGACUGGGCGUGCAGGGCGAAUCGAAUGCGAACGUUGAGACGGUAGAGACGACGACGGCCAAGGGCCUGCAGUUCCUCGACACGUUGAAGCAGGCGAAAGACAAGACCGGUCGCCCAAUUGCAGUCCACUUCCUCACGCUUCCUAGCAAGGCCGAGCUUCCAGAGUACUACGAGCACAUCAAGCUGCCCAUAGCCAUCGACACCAUCGAGAACUCGAACGUCUACAACGAUGCUGAGCGCCUUCGCAAGACCGCCUCGAACUGGAUGACAAAGCACAAUCCGGCGUACAGAACCAACAACAGCUACGUCGCUGUCGCAACACCCAUCCCUGGCGAGGAGAACUCCCAGCCAGGCAAGCCCAUCCCCCGCAUUGCAUCCACCCCACGAACUGCGCAUUCGCCGGCUGCCACGCCCGACACCUUCGACCGCCCUCGCCGAGCUGCUGCUGCUGCUGCGGCGGCACAGGCUACACCAGCGCCCUCACGGCUCCGGCAAUCAGCGUCCCUCACGCACGAGGACGUUGAGGACAACCCUGAUUUUGAUGGCAAGACGUUCCAACAGGCACAAGAGCAGAUAGUCAGGGAACUCAUUGAUUAUGUCGAGCCCGAGAGCGGUCUUCCAAUCUUUGCUCCCUUCCUCAAUCUCCCGAGCCGUAGCCUGAAAGACUACUAUGCAAUCAUCAAAGAGCCAAUGUCGUUGGCGGCUAUCAAGAAGAAGGUGCAAGGCGUAAUUGGACGCGACCAGCCCACGGGUCAGACGCUGUUCAAGAGCUGGGAUGCAUUCGAAGACUCCAUGAGCCUCAUCUGGAAGAAUGCGCGCGACUACAACGAGGAUGGUAGCGACAUCUACAACGUCUCCUUGGAGAUGGAGAAUCAGGAAUUUUUUUAUAAGCGCCUCGCCGAAGCCAAGGCCAAAGUCGACGAGCCGGCACAGCCGAAGCUCAAGCUGAACAUGUCGACUAGUACACCGGCUCCUAAGCAGCAACUAAAGCUGAAGCUCAGGCAGAGUCCGGCUUCAGAUCGCAACACACCUGGAGCACGAAGCUCGGCGACACCUGGGGUCAUUGUUGAUAGUGAUGCACUCUUGCGACAGCAGCGACAUGUCCGGGACAGCAUGCAUGCACCAAACUCUGCUCGCGCAUCUCCACAGGCAAAAGUUGGAACUCCCGUGCCGUCUUCGAAUCCUUUCAGUGGAUCAAAGGGCGCAGCUGCUGUACUACCGCCACUCACAGCGCAGGCGCGGACGGCCGGAUCACCACCAGCUGUCAAUGGUGUCAAGCAAGAUAUGCAGUCUCCCGCACUGAGCGCGAUCCGACCGUCAAGUACUGCCUCGGAUGGCCAGGCUCAACGUCUCAGCGUUCCUGCUCAUACACCUCAUGCAAGUAUGGCUCCGCCAAGGACCAGUGGCAGCCCGUACCCGAACGGCAACGCCGGUCAAGCAGCUAUGACUAACGGCCACAUUCAACAACCGACCUACUAUGUGCCUCCUUCGGCUCUUCGCGAGAACACGUUCCGCAAAACGCCUCUCAAGAGUCUGGACGAAGCUCUGAUUCCCAAGAUCACGCUGAACACACAUCCCGCAUUGAACCUGCCAAAGCCCUGGUCCGUCGACAUACCCGCCAACAAGCAGAAGACUGAGCACAGCGUCACCGUCGCCGUCUCACCCGUCCACUCAUACCUGCAGAUUACGCCCAAGGUCCCCAUUGCACUGACCAACCGCCUAUACCGCAUCUUCGUCCUGGUCAACGGCAACAAAACGCUCGAAGUCAACCGUGUCCCCGUCACCGCCGGCAUCAACGGCAGCAGCCCCGGUCCCGGCAUCGAGAGCGGCAAGAAGAAAGGCGAGCCUGUCUUCGAGGCCAAGCUGGUCGGUGGCGUCAAUCGCAUCGACGUUGAGAUAGUCGCAGAGAAGGAUCGCAAAGAUGGUUCGGAGCCCAACGGUAGUAAGGGAGACAUUGAGGUCGAGAAGUGCACAAUCUUCUUGCACCUCAUGCGCCAGUCAUCUUAUUAG